GGGGUUUGUUGGGUGAUGGCAGCCGUCAAGAAGGUGUACUUGGGAGACCUCAAGGCCAUGGUCGGCAUGUCUGGUCCCCAGACAUUGUACCAGACCAGGCUCUUCGAGGAUAGAUAUCAGAGGACAAUGCCUCUUGAGGACAGACUUCAGAGGACCAGGCCUCUGGAGGAUCGACUUCAGAGGGCUAGGGCUCUAGAGGACAGGCUUCAGAGGAUGAAACCUCGAGAGGAGACUUACCAGAGAACGAGCCCCUUAGAGGAGAGCUAUCAGAGGAUGAGACGCUUAGACGAGAGACUUCAAAGCAAGAGGUCUUCACCCUCACCUGACCGUUAUCAGUCGAAGCCGUCUUACGGGUACACCCCUCUGGACGAAAGACCGUAUGGGACCAGAUAUCUAGAGGAUAAACCACUUAGUUUAAAACCCCUUGACGAUAGACCGUCAUACAGUUCGAGUAUCCUAGACCUAGACGACAGACCGUACGGACUCAGUCGCCUGGACGAUAGGCUGUACGGGACGAGCCGUCUAGGUGAUAGACCGUACGGGACAAGUACACUGGACAGACCUUUUAGGACCAGCCUUCUAGAUGGCAAAUCAUCCAUUUCUAGAAUAUUAGAUGACAAUACGUUUAGGUCGAGUCUCAUGGAUGAUAGGCCAUCUUCCACCUUGACUCUAGACGACCGGUUAUCGUGGACAAAGCCUCUAGACGAAAGAUUGUACAAGUCGAAAUACCUGGAUACCAGACCUCUUGGGUUGAGUCUCUUGGGGACGAGUCCUCCGGAGUCGAGUCCUCUAGAGACCAGCCCUCUGGAGACCAAAUCUCCAGAGGCAAAAUCUCAGACAAGAGCUCUGGAGGCAAGACGGCAGACUUCAGCCGCCCCUCCAGCUCCUGCGACCAACAAUCCUCCAGCUCCUCCUCCACAAAAUAUGGCUGCGAUGGAUAGCACAUACUUAAGAAAUGAAAAUCUAAGGACUUACGACAAUAUCCUCAACCAUAUAGGAAACACACCACUUGUCAAGCUCAACAACAUCCCCAAAAGCUUUGGACUGAAAUGCGAAGUCUAUGCAAAAUGCGAGUUCUUCAAUGCAGGAGGCAGCGUCAAAGACCGUAUUGCACUGAGAAUGGUUGAAGACGCUGAGAAGAAAGGCCUUAUCACACCUGGGGUCUCUGUGCUGAUUGAACCUACAUCUGGCAACACAGGCAUUGGUCUCGCCCUUUGUGGAGCAGUUAAGGGUUAUCGGAGCAUUAUUGUGAUGCCAGAGAAGAUGAGCAAUGAAAAGGUGGAUGUCCUGAGGGCUUUGGGGGCGGAGAUUGUGAGAACGCCUACCUCUGCAUCCUGGGACUCCCCCGAGUCUCACAUUUCGGUGGCCAAGAGACUCGAAAAGGAGAUCCCCGGAGCAAUUAUCCUAGAUCAGUACAAAAAUCCUGGCAACCCCAUGGCUCAUUAUGAAGGUACAGCAGAAGAGAUCCUCCAGCAAACCAAUGGUAAUGUGGACAUGUUUGUUGCUGGUGCUGGAACUGGUGGUACCAUCACUGGUACUGCAAGAAAGAUAAAAGAAAGGCUUCCUGAUUGCAAAAUUGUAGGAGUAGAUCCACAGGGUUCCAUCUUGGCAGUACCAGAAGAACUCAACAAGACAGAUGUUACUCAGUAUGAAGUAGAAGGCAUUGGUUAUGACUUCAUUCCAAAUGUUUUAGAUCGAGAUUUGGUUGACACAUGGAUAAAGAGCAAUGACAAGGACUCCUUGAUAAUGGCUCGUAGACUCAUCAAGGAAGAAGGUCUUCUGUGUGGUGGUAGUUGUGGUGCUGCCAUGCAUGCUGCUAUGGUAGCUGCUGCAGAUCUAGAAGCUGGACAAAGAUGUGUGGUAAUCUUACCCGAUUCUGUACGUAACUAUAUGACGAAACAUCUGUCGGACAAGUGGAUGGAGGAAAGGGAUUUUAUCAAAGAAAGUGAAGAUGAACAGAAUAAAUAUUGGUGGUCUGGAGUGAGGGUGUCAACACUUCCUCUCCCUGCUCCUCUAACAGUAUUACCAACAAUUGCUUGCCAAGACGCCAUUGCUAUAAUGCAGCGUGAGGGAUAUGAUCAGUUGCCUGUCGUAGAUCAAGAGGGAAUUAUACAAGGUGUAGUGACCUUAGGAUCUUUAAUGGCCAAGAUGGUGUCUGGCAAAAUUGAAGGCUCUAGUCCAGUACAACAGUCGCUGUAUUCACAGUUCCGUAAAAUCAAGCUUAACACAACUCUUGGCAAACUGUCGAGGAUCUUGGAUCGGGAUCACUUCGCCCUUGUUGUUCAUACACAGCGUCUAUGUCUAGGAUCUGUCGACCAUGAGGAACGAGAAUCCGACGUGCCAAAGGAAACAGCACUCAGUCCAGGCCAGAACAGUGCUCCUUCUAACAAAGAUAUGGAUGGAACAGUGAUCGAGAAGGAAGUUUGUAUUGGCAUCGUUACUCAGAUUGAUCUUUUGACACAUAUCACCCAUCAUCAGAAGGACACAAAAAUUGAAGCCCCAGAAUAAGAGGUCUUCAGAAUUAGCUCUAAAUAAAUUGGUUCAAAAUUUAAUCAAAAUAGUUUUUUGGUGUAAUUGAUAUCUAGAGUAGUGUUUCAUUAUUAAUAAAUGGGGUUUGAAUGCUUUGUUGAUCAAAUGGAGAGCUUCAUUGUCAGCUAGUGCACCAAGUAAUGUGGGAAACAUGCAUAGGUUUUGAAAUUGGCACCAUUUCGUUUUAGUUGAGCUCUCUCUGUUGUGCUUAUAUUUACUCAUUUCAUUUAAUAAGGCAGUAUUAAUGGCUUCCUUAUGAACUUGCCAUGAUUGUAAAGGGAAGAGUAUGUAAUAGAUUUUGGAAUUUGUCAGUUUGGUUUGCAUAGAAAUGCACAGUAAUAUUAAUUUGUUCAUUUGGGGGUUAUAUGUAGGCACUAUGAUAUACUGCAGUAAUCACUACAUGGUAGUGUUAGAGGGUAGAAUAAUAUAAUUUGUUUGAUAUUUGUUGGCAAGGUAAAAUUUAUAAGAGCAGUAAGCACUUAAAAAAAAAAAAGUCAUCAGUUUUAUGUAUUAUAUAACGGAAAAUUUUUCUUGUCAGGAACAUAAUGUAUCAGGGGCCAUAAACUACAGCUAGAUAUCUAAUUUUUUUUUGAAGUACUGAAGUUUUACCCAAAUUUUAAUUAAUUUUAACCUUCAAUAAUUCACAAACUCAUCCCUCACCUGUGUUUUCAUUAGGAAUUCCUUUAACAUUUGUUAUUCCAUUCUUCAUAAUGAGGCAUUUUUAGCAUAUUUCCAGCACCUCUCAUUCUUCUUUUGGCAUCUAGACCCAAAUUAUUAGGUUAUUCUCAACUAUCCUCCCUCUAUUUAGUAUAAGUGCAUAUGAACAGUAUAUUUCCUGCAUUCAGUCUUUUAUUACUUUCAAAAAGUUCUUUAGUUUCUCGGUUUUGAUACGAGGCCCUUUUGUUUUGGAUCUCUAUAUUUCAUUGUUUUGAUCUGUAUUCAUAGAAAUGUGAAAAGUAUACAUUGACUAAUGAAUGCUUUUCAGUAUUCUAUUAGAAUUUUAUUUUGCUAAUAAAUAUGAAAUACCAGUGAUAAUUUACAUUGGUAAAAGACUGUGAAACCCAGAAUAGUGUUUAUUUAUGGUUUGUAGGAUUUUGAGACAUUUAGAAAUGGAUAGUUAUUUUUUUUAUAUUUAUAUGGAUGAGGGGAGAGCUAAAUAUAUUUUUAAACUUAUACAUUCCAUUAUCUGAAUUUUGCAUUGCAGUGAACCAUGUUAAAGUCAUUCAUGCAUUAAUAACAUUUUAGUUGAUAUUAAAUAUUACACAUGA